AUGGCGGACGUCGCGGUGACGAGCGGCUCUGCGUGGGUUUGUCCCGCUGAGAAACGUCACCUGGCUGAUGUGCUGCUCAUCAGGAGUGAAGAGGAUGAUGAAGAGGACGAUGAAGAGGAGCUGGGUCUGUCACAUGGACAAGAGACAGACAGGUCCAGUCCAGUGGUGUUGGAGCAGGUGGACGACGCUUGUCCGUGUGUCCUGAAGCUUCAGUGCAGCUCCAGCUCUUCUGCUGCCAUCCGUCGCCUGCUGGUCAUCAGCGAGGCUCGAACCAUGGAGGUGUAUGACCAGACGGGGGAAUACUGUGGGACAGUGCGAGGACAGAGGGACCACAGUGUCCACUCACACACUGACAACAGAGGGCCUUUCUACAGGAAACGGCUGAUUCUGGAUGAGCCUUCCACUUCCUGUGAAGUGAAGCUCCUCUCUCUCUCUGGCAGGAACAGUGUGUUGGUGAGUCGAAUUGUCGUGGGUCUGUGGCCGCUGAAGCCCCGCCCCCUCUGCGGACCGGGCAUUGACAUGCAGCAGGUGCAGUGUUUGGUUGACGAGAUGGGAACCAGUCUGUCACCAGGAGCUCAGAACCUCAUGAACAUGGUCCACUUCCAGCAGAAGCAGCAGCAGCAGCAGCAGCAGCAGAGCAGCUCUCUGGCUGGUUUCCUGCCUCUGCUCAUGAGCUCUGGAUGUUUCUCUGUCCCGCCUCCUGCAGCAGCAUCGUCGUCAUCAUCAUCUUCAUCAGCAGCAAACCUCAGUGAACACAGCUCAGACUCCACGCCCUCAGUGGACGAGGCUCUGAUGCCUGAGGACACAGUGACGUCCUCGUCCUCCUCGUGUCCACAGUCUGAUGUCAACACUAACAUCACAGUGAGCAGCAAUCACAGAGGUCCGCUGGCUGGCCACACCCACCUGGCAGAGAUGAUGAUGUCACACUUUCUGAAAGGUGGAGGCGGAGCGUCGCUCGGUGCCGACUUCCUGCCCGCGCUGCAGAGCGUGUGUGGUCAUGUGACGCAGCUGAGGCUGGACGACGCCGCGGCGUCCAAGCGCGGAGACGAGGCGAGGACAAGCGGCUCGUGGGAACUGGACGCGGUCAUGGAGCGCCGUCUGGACGACAUGGAGCGCCGUCUGAAGGAGCAUGUGGACCGUCGCCUGGACGCUCUGGAGCAGAAGCUGCAGGACGCUCUCCAACGCAGAGAGACCACCGUGUCUACCGCGUCCACCCUGUCCACCGCACCACCGUGCCACAGCCAGCCAAGCAGCCAACAUGUGACCUGAAGGUGGCGCUGCUCCCUCACAGACUUUAACACAGUAAUGUGUGUAAAAAACACACAUUUAAACAAAUAAUAAUGUAACAAAGUAAAAGUUUCAACACGGUUUUUCUCUCAUCAGUUAUUGAUGACAUCAUGAACAAUGGUUUAUUGAUGACAUCAUGAACAACGGUUUUUGAUGACAUCAUGAACAACGGUUUGUUGAUGACAUCAUGAACAACGGUUUUUGAUGACAUCAUGAACAACGGUUUGUUGAUGACAUCAUGAACAACGGUUUUUUGAUGACAUCAUGAACAACGGUUUUUGAUGACAUCAUGAACAACGGUUUGUUGAUGACAUCAUGAACAACGGUUUGUUGAUGACAUCAUGAACAACGGUUUGUUGAUGACAUCAUUGAUACAUUUGUAACUGUUUUACCUCAUGUUUAUUUUUCAUGUCUGUAACAUAAAACCCAUGAUGGUUGAAUAACGUCACUCAUGUAAAUACUAAAUAAAUUAUAUUUAUGCACAUUA